AUGGCUCUUAUAUUCCUCUACAUAGCUCUUAUUUCGUUAGUCUUCACAACCCUUAUUAUGAAACCCAAGAAAACUGAUGACACAACUUCUAAAAUACCCCAUGGGCCUAGAAAGCUACCUAUUAUUGGAAAUAUAUACAAUCUGCUAAGCUCUCAACCCCAUAGAAAAUUAAGAGAUUUGGCCUUAAAAUAUGGACCAGUGAUGCAUCUUCAACUUGGAGAGGUUUCUACUAUUGUCAUUUCAUCCCCUGAGUGUGCUAUGGAAGUGAUGAAGACUCAUGAUAUUAACUUUGCCACAAGGCCUAAAGUCUUAGCUAUUGAUAUAUUGUCUUAUAAUUCCACAAGUAUAGCUUUUGCUCCUUAUGGCAAUUAUUGGAGGCAGCUAAGAAAAAUUUGCACAUUGGAGCUUUUAAGCCUAAAACGUGUCAACUCAUACCAGCCAAUUAGAGAAGAGGUGCUCUCCAAUCUUGUCAAAUGGAUUCAUUCAGAGAAAGGAUCCCCCUUCAACCUCACUCAAGCUGUACUUUCAUCAAUUUAUACAAUUGCUUCUAGGUCUGCCUUUGGCAAGAAAUGCAAAGACCAAGAAAAAUUUAUAUCAGUGAUUAGAAAAACCACAAAACUUUCAGCAGGUUUUGAUAUAGGAGAAUUCUUUCCUUCUUCUACAUGGCUUCAACUUGUCACUGGCUUGAGACCUAAGCUUGAGAGGUCUCAUCAACAAGUUGAUCAGAUAAUGGAAAACAUCAUCCAUGAGCAUAAAGAGGCAAAGUCAAAAGCCAAAGAUGACCAAAGUGAAGCAGAAGAAGAUCUUGUGGAUGUUCUCAUGCAAUAUGAGGAUGGUAGCAAGCAGGAUUUUUUCUUAACUAGAAACAACAUCAAGGCCAUAAUUCUGGACAUUUUUGCUGCUGGAGGUGAGACAUCAGCAACAGCCAUAGAUUGGGCAAUGGCUGAAAUGGUAAAGCAUCCAAGAAUAAUGAAGAAAGCACAAUCUGAACUGAGAGAGGUAUUCGGUGAGAAAGGGAGGGUAGAUGAAAAUUCCAUCAAUGAACUCAAAUAUUUGAAACUAGUAGUCAAAGAAACCUUGAGGCUGCACCCUCCAACUCCUCUUUUGCUUCCAAGGGAAUGUGGUCAAGCAUGUGAGAUACAUGGUUAUCACAUACCUGCCAAAAGCAAGGUCAUAAUCAAUGCUUGGACAAUUGGAAGAGAUCCAAACUAUUGGACUGAGCCAGAGAGGUUUUAUCCUGAGAGAUUCAUUGAUAGCACUAUUGACUAUAAAGGGAAUAAUUUUGAGUUCAUUCCUUUUGGUGCUGGAAGAAGGAUAUGCCCAGGCAGCACAUUUGCUUUGAGAGCUAUUGAACUGACCCUUGCAAUGUUGUUGUAUCACUUUGACUGGAAACUUCCCAGUGGAAUCAGAAGUGAAGAAUUGAACAUGAGUGAGGUGUUUGGACUCACAGUUAGAAGAAAAUAUGAUCUGUUCUUGGUCCCUUUCCCUUAUCAUCCUUUGCCUGUCACGUGA